AGCUCAAUGUGUAAUAACAUUUCCUUCAUCGCAUGUAUACCUGGCGUAAGCAGACGACAAUCUAAAGUAAAACCAAAAGCAGGAUGCAAAUAUAGCAAAAAUCUUCCAAAGUUUCCAUGAUCCCACCGUCUGCUUUUCCACGAGAACUGCUUUUCAGGGGGGGGGGGGUGACAAAAACAUUAAUAAGUAAGAAGAUAAAUACCACGUAAUAAGAGUGUUCGUUCAUAGUUAGUUUUUGAUUCUUCUCUAAAAGGUGGCAAGGGAGGGUGCCUGUUUGGCAUCAGGUUCAAGUUGGUUCCAAAUUUUAGGUCCACGAAAAGAAAUGGCUCUCUGCCCAUUGUUUGUUUUCCGUAAGGGUAUCGAAGAUCGGUAUCGGUAUUUCUCAGUUUUCUAACAUUUCGAAUCGAAUUUUUUUCGAACAGGUUGGAAAGGUACUCUGGGACGAGCCCAUUUAACGUCUUGUACAUUAUUGUAGCUGUUUCGCUUCUAAUAAUGUCAUCUAUAGUUGGCCAACCCAAACUGCGAAUCAGUGGCAUAGCAGGUGCAUCAACUCUGCUUUUAACUCGAUUCUGCAGCUUUUGCAACGAUUGCAGUUUAGUCACCCCACAGCACCCCCAUACCGAACAGCAGAAUCGAAAAUUGGGCUCGACGAUACCCCAAUUUACUCAACGUGUUUUGAGGUAAACAUUUUCUGGAAUGUUUCAAAAAUCCGAUUACACGAGAAACUUUGGUACGGAGACUGUUAGCGUGUUCCUCCCAAUUUAAGCUUCUAUCCAUGAUCACAUCCAGAUACUUUGUUCGGUCAGCUUUUUCAACUUCAGAGUCACUAAUAAAAACCAGUGGAUGAUCAACUGUUUUAUUUUUCAAUUUUGGGCUGGGGGAUGACAUGAUAAAUCACAAGUUUCUGAAAACCCCUGCAGAGUUGCUUGCUUUUGCUGGACAUAUUACCUAUAAGCUGCAUCUAGAUAAAAAAUUAUUUAUUACUCCGUACAAUAAUAUCAUAGUCAAUUUGACUAUGGUACAGUCAAUACAAUUUAUUUUCUUCCUCAUAUGAUAGCGCGGGGAACAUAUGUUUCUACUGAGGAAACAGCCUCGUCUUAAUGAUUCCUGAUUGAUUUUUGGCGGGUAAUCAAAGUUACUGCCACAACGAUGCCACUGGGAGAUAUUUUGGAGGAAAUUGAUACUUUACGUGCUAUAUUUUGUCAGGAUGGAGAGUUCUGCCUUCAUUCUGAUUUGGAUUGUUUACGUGAGGCCAAUGCUUAUAGCAUCAGCUUCUCAAUUAAUGUAAAUGUUGAUGUGGAAGCUGCAUAUUCUGCAAGCAGCGCUGCUGCAAGUUCCGUUGCGAAAAAAGAGCCUAAAACGGUGAACCUAGUUCUUUCCGUUUCGAUUGAUUGUAAGUAUCCAGAUGAGCUGGAAAGUAUUUCAGUUACAAGCACAGAUAUGAAAAGAGCUGAGGUCGAUACUUUGAAAGCGGGGCUUGUUCAAUAUAUUGGCCGUUGUUUAAAAGGUCGUGGAGAACCAAUGAUAUUGGAUAUUGUUCAAUGGAUGAAGGAAAAUACAGAACGGUUUAUUGUUAAAGACAAGGAAAGGAUUCACAAUAUGCAUCAACAGUCUUCGGGAGCAGAAGAACAAGGAAAUCCCAAUGUAUCAAGCGAAAAAUGUUUUGUUUUGAAACUUGAUCACAUGAGAGCCAAACAAAAGUACAAAAAGACCAUAUUAAGUUGGAUGAAUAAACUGAAUCUUUAUGGAAGAUUGAUUUUCUUUAAAAAAUCAAUUUGGAUUGUUGUAUAUGGAAAACAUGAGUCCAUCAAGGAGUACAUUAAGCUUCACAGAUCACAAAAUGUUGAUGUGGACUCAAGUGGCAGACCAUGCAAAGAGAGAAUGAUGAGCAUUUUGCUUGAAUUUGAUUGCUCACUCUCCAACGACGAGCUUGAUGGAUUUAAAGUUAUAGAGUGUGAAACAUGGGAUGAAGUUAGCAAGGCGUUCCAGGUCUUUGGCGUUGAUCCUGAGAAGUUGUAAAAGGUGAGAAUUAUUCAUUGAAAGUAAUAUAAACAAAAAGUGGAUGUGAAGUUUUCAUAAUGGCAGAAGCAUAUUAAAGAUGGUCAAAAUGAGGCGAAGGGGCCAAGAUAUGUGAAGCAAGCCAGCUUGUGGGGGCCAAAGGAGUUUCCUGGGAAUUUUUGCAACCACACCUUUGGAAUGCUAGAAAUGACUCUUUGAAAACUAACAUGAAAUCAACUAUGCUAUAGAGUUCUUAGGUGUGAUGUCACAAAAAGUUAUUUUUAUAAUUUUUGAAUUUUGACCACAUAACAUAAAAUAGCAUUUUGGUUUGGUUCAUGAUGUUAUGAGCAAAGACCAGAUCCCAGUGGUUUGAUGGGGAAAAGGCUGUGGUCAAUUUGUAAACACUAUUUAUUAAAUUAUUAAAUUUAUUAAAUGGCAGAUAAAAUCACAACUUUAAGGUUAACACCAAUAACGCCAAACGGUAAACUGAAAAUGUAGCCAAGUAAGAAACAGCUUACAUAUUUGAGUGGGCCAUAAGCUGACAUAAGCAAUUUUUUGGCAGUACAGAGUAAUAGGUCCAGGGAACGUACUUGAAAGUAGAAGGGCCAAAAAAUUAAGGUCUUGAAAGGGCUUAGGAAAGGCUGCCACCAUGGUUGACAGCAAUAAAUUUUCUAGAAA